CAUCAAAAUGCGGAAGUGAUUCAAAUACCAAAACGGAUCGAAAGAGGUCCGACAGAUAUAUUGAAGGCUUUGGCAGAAGUGACCGGAAAGGACUUUAGUGGACCCGACUAUCGAUACAUCGAUGACCCGUUUUUGACACCACUAAGCAAUCACCAAAAACGAUUGUUUUCGUUAUCGCGAGAGUCGGGCCGAAGAGCGGCUAACUAUGUGUUCGAAGAGUUUCCCGAACUCUUCUAUCGAGAUGUGUCGGAACCGAAGGUCGAGGCCUUCACUUACAAAGAGGUUUACGACGAGAGCACAGAAGUGGACGAAACGGAUCUCAAGAAAUGCAUUGCGCGUAAAGAAGUGAAGCAUUCAAUCACUUGCUAUAAGAAUAUGACGACCGCUGAGAAGACAAUUAGCGCCGAAACGCUUCAGAAAUUGUUAGAAUUGGUCUCGUUUUACAAUUGCGAAGAACCGCCGGAUUUGGAGUUUAUUGUGGAGAAGGCGUUCAAUAACGACACCACAACUCCUCGUGUCCUUUGGAAAGACAACGGAUUUGCGGAACAAUUGUUUGAAUCGAUGGAUGAGAAGACGAGUGAAAUAUAUUGCGCUUUAAUCCAAGGAUUAGCCAAACAUUCAGCGCCGCAGAAGGCGUACCAAUGCUAUCAGGAAAUGAUUGAAAAGGGUUUCAAAUUAAAUACAGAAACCUUUAAUAGUAUCCUAAGAGUGACUCCAUUGUUGAGAGAGUCGACUGAAACGCGUUGGCUGUUCAUCGAAGAAGUGCUUAACUCAAUGAAAGCCAAUGCAAUUAAACCCAAUUUGCAAACAUUGAACAGCAUUUUAGAAGUGGUCACUCGAUUCGGAUCCACGAGAUAUGCCCAGAAUUUAGCCAAAAAGACUUUGGUUGAAAUGAUUACUAUAUUAGGAAUAGAGCCAUCGCUGGCCACGUAUUAUCAUUUAUUAAACAUAUUCGACAGAGACAAGAGUCCUAACCGUCACAUCUUAUAUGAUAUUAUGGAUAGAAUUGAAAACAAAAAGUUCAUCAUUCAAGACACCAAAGAUGUGAAUUUCUUUACGCGGGCUAUGAAUGUCUGUCAGUAUAAGUUGAUGGAUAUAUCACUCGCUUAUAGAGUGCAUGAUUUGGUUUCCAAUGGAAAUAAUGCAAAAUUGUUGGGAAAUAUAUUGAGUGAAUCCAACUAUCAUCAAAUGCUAUUCCGAUUGCUCUCGACUUCAGAAGACAUUAAAGUUUUUAUGCAAUACUACGAGAAAUAUGUGCCUAACGUUUACAUACCAGAGCCCCUCGUCUUCGGCGACAUAUUCCGAAUGAUUGAACUUUUCGAUGCUUUUGAUUAUUUGCCCACAAUUUGGGAAGACUUAAAACGGUUUGAAUACAUCUCACAAAUUAAACUCAUGGAAGACUACUUCUAUCUCAUCUCUAAACCGGUGGCCGACACACAGAUUCAAGAGCGACACAAACACAUGGUGAUUGAAGGCUUGCAAAUAAUUAAGGAUCGCGUCGAGAAUCAAGAGAAACACGACCACGUGGUGAUCAAUUACCCGACCGGUGUUCUGCUGGGAUUUGCCAUUGAUAUCUGUUUGAACGCCAACGAUGUCGACAAUGCCAUCAUUAUUAUGCAAAAUAUGAUUAAAGACGGCCAAAAGAUCACUGGAAAUGCGAGUCCAAAUACAUUGAGUCGAUUAUGUAUUAACGCAAUCGACUCCAAGAAGUAUUCCUCCGCCAAACAGUGUAUUGAGUUUUGCGUUGAAUUAGCGAUGAGUGAAGCCGUUUCUGAUAUCCGACAACACGUCCAACAAUCAGAUUUGGACCCAAAGAUUAAGGCGUUGUUAGAGGAGACGUGCGGUCCUGAAGUGAUCAUCGAAGUAGACAUCGAAGACGCCUUCAGAGACGCCUUUAAAGAACCGGAACCGAUGGAUGAGAACAAUAAACAAUAAUAUUU